AUGGGGAAGAAGGGAGAAAGAAGAGACAAGCAUAUGAAUAUCAAGAGAAUGUCCCAGCAAAGUACUCAAUAUUACUGUCUUGUUGACGCUUCUUGGAAAAACGAUAAGGAGGUUGCAGGUGUUGGUUGGUCCUUACAUAGUAUACAAGGCAGCCGACAACUACAAGGAUCCUCAUCUAUAAGGCCAACAAAUACUCCAAGAGAAGCGGAAGCGGAAGCUUUGCGCAUGGCAGUACGACAAUUGCGAGCACUUGCCUAUAAAAAUGUUCACUUCAAAAGCGACUGUAAGUCCCUAAUGGAUGAGUUGGCUCAGCACACCAAUGCAGCAAGCAUCGUCAAGGUCCGUAACACGGAGAACACCUCCAUGAUACAGGACAUUCUGAAUGCUUCAAAAGGAAACGGCUUUACCUUUUCUUAUGUAGCUAGAUGUAAUCUGAUGUUGGUAGAUGAAUUAGCUAAAAAGGCUCGAGGUACUAAUCAAAACUAUGUAAUAAGUUGGCGUUGA